UCUCUUCCUUAUUAAUUAUUAUGGUCAACACAAGUUCUCUGCUCCUCGUUCUUCUCAAAAGACAACGUUGUAGCCUUUUUUUCAUUUCUCUGUUCCCACAACAUGGCUUCUUCGAUCUCCCAAGGUCUCGUGUUCACCACAGCCAUGGUCGUCUCCACCACUGUUCUUUACCUUGCAUUCUCUGGGCAAAAGACUUCCCCGCCUUUCCAAAUUCCCCGAAAUUCCAAUUCUUCCCACUCCAACAAACAAAUUCUUCGCUCUUGCAUAUAUUCAGAGGAGAAGAAACGGGAAAUGAAGAAGAAUAAGAAGAAAGUGAAAUUUGCGGAAAAUGUGAUGGUGAAGUUAGUAGAAAGAAAUAGUAAGGUAAAAAACAGAGAAGAACAGGGGAGGCAAUACAGAGUAUCAUUAUCAAGCAGCGAGUGCAGAAAUGAAAUUCCAGAAAAACGUGAAAUGCCAGCGAACCGAAUUGCUCUGUAUAAUGGGAUUUUGAAGGAUCGGGUGCAUAGGAUGGCGUGCUGUCACUAAUCACCCUAUGCUUCUUCUUCAUUGCAAGCUCUUUCAUCUUCCUUCUUCUUUUUUUCUUCUUCAAAGAAAUCAAUUUUACUGUUGUUAUAGCAACCUGAGAGAAUAGAUAAUUUCAUGACAAAAAAAAUCUGGCGUGCAAGACUAUUAAUGUUUGUACAUAUUUAUCAACAAGGGUUUAAUGACUAUUUUUUAUUAUUGUACA